UCCUCUAAAUUUGUGUCAAAAGCAAAAUAAGACAAAAGUUGGUGUACAUGUUGCUUGGUGCAUGGGUAAAUUUAAUCGUUUUCCACGGGAAUUUUACUAUAACUAUUAAAAUUAAAAAUGGGCACCAUGGAUACCGUAAUGGCGCCUAUUGCCAAUAUCAAAUUUGAUAUUGAAGUUGCCUUGGAGCAACAGCUGGGAGCCCAAAAUCUCCCAUUUCCCGGAAUGGACAAAUCAACGGCAAUGGUGUGCACUCUAUUCACUAAAGGUCAAUGCCAGAGAGCAAGUUUUUGCCCAUACAGACACCUCAGAGCAGACCGGACAAUUGUGUGUAAACAUUGGCUCAGAGGACUAUGCAAGAAAGGAGAUCAGUGUGAAUUUCUCCAUGAAUUUGAUAUGGCUAAGAUGCCAGAGUGUUAUUUCUAUGCCAGAUUCAGUGCUUGUCACAACAAAGAAUGCCCUUUCUUACACAUUGACCCUGAAACAAAGAUCAAAGAUUGCCCUUGGUACGAUCGUGGUUUCUGCCGUCACGGACCGACUUGCCGACACCGUCAUGUUCGACGUGUGCUCUGCAUGAACUACACAGCAGGCUUCUGUCCCGACGGUCCCGAAUGCAAAUUCGUCCAUCCGAGAUUUGAAUUACCUCCACUUCCAGAUGAUAUCAAGGGUGACAAGAGAAAGAUGCCUCUAGUCUGCCAUUUCUGUGGAGAAGUGGGACAUAAAGCUGCUCAAUGUCCGAAAAUUCCAUCAGAAUCUAAGGACAUUUAUCGCACGCCCGCCGAUGCCUCUACUCAUGCAAAUAAUGCUUCCCAAGCCCAGAGAGAUCGAACGAAUUUGAGACCUUUAGAUGAAGUCACCUGUUAUAGAUGUGGACUGCGCGGCCACUAUGCAAAUCGGUGUAACAAAGGACAUCUGGCUUUCUUGAGUAACCAGCCAACAGAAGAAAGAAGUUAACGAAAAUGACAUUCAUUUCCAACACUGUCUCUGUCCAUUCAAUAAAUACAAUUU